AUGUCUGCGCCAUCACUUCGAGGACUCUGGGACGACGCGGCCAACUCGCCCUUUGAGUCGACAAUUCCCAAAGACUCUCAAUUCACCAUUGCGACGGUUUUACUUCUCACUGCUACCAUUCUCACCAGCCUAUUUGGUCUAGACCUCAAGCUGAAGAACAUUCCGCUCUACGCCAUUCCCGCUGCUCUUGCGUUCGGAUUCGGUUCCGUAUUCAUGAUCUGCGCAGUUGGCGUCUAUGUCUAA